UUUGGAAACAGUCAGUGCGAAGAAACCACGAUUAUAAUAGCGAAAGCAUAUGGUAUCCGCUCCAAUUUGACGUUUCUUCAAGAGCGAAGACGAAAUGAUCCGUUGAUUUUUUUGAGCGCCGGAAAAUGCGGCCAAAAAAGUGAAGUGGUGAAUUAUUCUUUUAGUGUAGAUUUCCAUUUUCCGACUGAGUUGGAUGAUAUAAAAGAAGAAGAAAAAUGGCUUCCACUGGGCUGAGAAGUGAACAUUACAGUGAUGAUAAUUUAUCAGACGAUGAAAGUUCACCACUCACAGAAAAUAUCUAUGGUGGAAGCGUACGAACCGUCCAAGAAACCAAAGGAUGGGACGUCUUCAGGGAUCCACCGGUCAAAGAGGAGUCCGGCUCUAUGGCCAACCAGAAAUGUCUGGAACUCACAGUCAAAAUACUCAAGGUUGCGGCCUAUUUAGUGACUUUUGUAAUAGUAUUAGCAUCUGGAGUGAUCUCAAAAGGAACAUUACUUUUUAUGACAUCGCAGCUCAAUCCAGAAAAAGUUACUACGUAUUGUAAUAAAGAUUUAGGUAGAGAUAAGCAAUUUGUAGUCAAUUUACCAGUAGCAGAAAGAGUAGCGUGGAUGUGGUGCCUUAUAUUUGCUUUCUGGGUACCACAGCUUGGAUCUCUCUUCAGAUCGACGAGGAUGUUGUUCUUCAAGUCUUCAAAGAAACCACCAUUAUCCCACUUCCUUAUGAUAUUUAUAGCAGAAACCUCUCACACUAUUGGAAUAGCUCUUCUAUUCUUCUAUAUAUUGCCAGAUUUGGAUGUGGUGAAAGGAGCUAUGUUGACGAAUUGUCUUUGUUUCGUGCCAGCUUGUUUGGGGCUCCUUUCCAGAAGCAAUAAAGAAUCGAACCGUUUCCUAAAAGUUAUCGUGGAUCUAGUUGCCAUAGGUGCUCAAGCGACUGGAUUCGUUUUUUGGCCAAUAGUGGAACAAAAGGCUGAUCUUUGGAUCAUACCUGUUUCAACAGUCCUAAUUUCGAUUGGUUGGUGGGAGAAUUACAUUUCGAAGCAUUCUCAAAUACCCCUCAUCAAGAGAUUAUCUAAAGUAAAGGAUCAAUUCAAUGAAUCCAGAUAUUUCACGUACAUGUUCAUGUCGAUUUGGAAAUGUCUGUGUUUUUUCUUGGCGGUACUCUUUAUCCUUCUGUUCAAGGAAGGUGAGGUAGCUUUCCUGUUCACGAAAUUUUCUGAAGGAUUCGGCGAGCAUCAGAUCACGAUCACAGAGGUAAAACCAUUCCUUGGAGGAACCUCCCUACCGGACAUAUCGGAAAUAAUACCAACAGGAGAUGAUACAACGGUUCAGGCUAGCGAUCAGACACCGGUGCAUUUCUUGCUCGUAAGCAUCUUCGCGUCAUACUUCGCUUACAUUUUCGGGAAAUUCGCCUGCAAAAUCAUGAUCCAGGGUUUCUCGUACGCCUUCCCAGUCAAUCUCACCAUUCCUGUGGCUAUUUCCCUUCUGAUAGCUGCCUGCGGAUUGAGAAACGAGGAUCCCUGUUUUUUCAACGAAACGAUACCGCCAUACCUUUUUUUCACUAGUCCGUCAGCCCUCUUCUUGAACGAUUUCAUUUCGCAUCAGCACGUUUGGAUAUGGCUGCUGUGGUUGUUGUCCCAAACGUGGAUCACGAUACAUAUCUGGACGCCGAAAUGUGAACGUUUGGCGAGAACUGAGAAAUUGUACGUGACUCCGAUGUACGAUGGGCUUUUGAUCGACCAGAGUUUAGGACUGAACCGAUGCAGGGAUGACGAAGCUGACGUCAAAACGGAAGACUUGGAUGAAAUUCAAAAAGAAAAAGGGGACGAAUAUUACGAAACGAUAUCGAAUCACACGGAUGGUUCUACCCCCAGAACUAUCAAAAGUUCCGAUCAUAUCACCAGAAUUUACGCUUGUGCAACGAUGUGGCACGAAACUAAAGAGGAAAUGUUGGAGUUUUUACAGUCAAUUCUGAGACUUGAUGAAGAUCAAUCUGCCAGAAGAGUUGCUCAGAAGUACUUGAGGGUGGUGGAUCCAGACUACUAUGAAUUCGAAACUCACAUCUUCUUCGAUGAUGCCUUCGAGUUAUCAGACCACAGCGAUGAUGACACUCAAGUUAAUAGAUUCGUGAAACUCUUGAUUUCGAGUCUUGAUGAGGCCGCUUCGGAAGUACAUCAAACGCACAUCCGAAUCCGACCACCAAAGAAAAUACCGACUCCAUAUGGUGGAAGAUUGAUUUGGACACUUCCGGGUAAAACUACUAUGAUCGCCCACUUGAAAGACAAAAUGAAGAUAAGACACAGAAAGAGAUGGUCCCAGGUUAUGUACAUGUAUUAUCUUCUUGGGCAUCGACUGAUGGAACUGCCCAUUUCGGUAGACAGAAAGGCUGUGAUAGCAGAAAAUACGUAUCUGUUAACAUUGGAUGGGGAUGUUGAUUUUCAACCUUCAGCACUGUUGCUGCUCAUCGAUCUUAUGAAGAAGAAUAGAAACUUGGGAGCUGCUUGUGGACGUAUUCACCCUCUUGGAUCCGGUCCUAUGGUUUGGUACCAAAUGUUCGAAUAUGCUAUAGGUCAUUGGCUCCAAAAAGCUACUGAACACGUUAUUGGUUGUGUCCUCUGUAGUCCAGGAUGUUUUUCACUCUUUAGAGGAAAGGCUUUGAUGGACGAUAAUGUUAUGAAGAAAUAUACAACAAGGUCUGAUGAAGCUAGGCACUAUGUACAGUAUGAUCAGGGUGAAGAUAGAUGGCUUUGUACACUUCUCCUUCAAAGAGGAUAUCGUGUUGAAUAUUCAGCUGCAUCAGACGCGUACACUCACGCACCAGAAGGAUUCAAUGAGUUCUACAAUCAGAGAAGAAGAUGGGUACCAUCGACUAUUGCGAACAUCAUGGACCUGCUGAUGGAUUAUAAGAAAACCAUAAAGAUUAAUGAUAAUAUUUCUAAACCUUAUAUAGGAUACCAGAUACUUUUGAUGGGCGGCACGAUUCUUGGACCUGGAACCAUAUUUCUUAUGUUGGUAGGAGCUUUUGUCGCGGCCUUCCAAAUAGAUAACUGGACAAGUUUCUACUAUAAUAUUUAUCCGAUACUUUUCUUCAUCCUGGUUUGUUUCACUUGUAAAGCUAAUAUACAGCUGUUGGUUGCUCAAAUAUUAUCCACUUGUUACGCUCUUAUAAUGAUGGCCGUUAUUGUGGGUACCGCUCUUCAGUUAAGGGAAGACGGAUGGGGUUCGCCAUCUUCCAUUUUCUUAAGUGCCAUGACAGGGUCCUUCUUUAUAGCAGCUUGUCUUCAUCCUCAAGAAUUUUGGUGCAUAGUACCUGGAGUCAUCUACUUGUUAUCAAUUCCUUCCAUGUACCUUCUCUUGAUUUUAUACUCGAUAAUAAACUUGAAUGUUGUAUCCUGGGGUACCAGGGAGGUGGCGGUCAAAAAGACGAAAAAGGAAUUGGAGGAGGAGAAGAAAGCAGCUGAAGAAGCAAAACGAAGAGCUAAACAGAAAUCUCUGUUAGGCUUUCUACAAAACGGAGGUACAAACGAUGACGAUGCGGGAAGUAUAGAAAUAUCUCUAGCAGGAUUAUUCAAAUGUAUGCUUUGCACUCAUCAAUCGCCAAGUGACGAGAAGGCUCAAUUAAUCCAGAUAGCGGACUCUUUGGAAGGUCUGAGUAAGAGAUUGGAUAGUAUAGAGAGAGCUGUAGACCCAGUAGGACAUACUUCAAGAAAACGAAGUGUUUCUGCAUCAUCUAGAGGAGAUCGACAUAACAAUUUAGGACCAGUAGCUGAAGAAUCGGAUAAGGAAUCGUCCGAAUCCGAAUCCGAAACUGCAUCCACAUCGCCUAAGAGUAAAAGGGAUGAUCUGAUCAAUCCCUAUUGGAUUGAAGAUCCGGAAGUUGGAAAGGGAGAGGUAGAAUUCCUAAGCAGUGCUGAACUGCAAUUCUGGAAAGAUUUGCUGGACAAGUAUUUGUUUCCUAUCGAUGAAAAUCCAGAAGAAAAGGCGCGCGUAGCAAAAGAGUUGAUAGAACUUAGAAAUAGGUCAGUUUUUGCGUUUUUUAUGUGCAACGCCCUCUUCGUUGUGAUUGUUUUCCUUUUGCAACUCAACAAGGAUCAAAUACACGUAAAGUGGCCUUGGGGUAUAAAAACCAACAUUACUUAUGAUGAGGAGACAUCUGAGGUACAUAUCACUAAGGAGUACCUUCAACUGGAACCAAUUGGUCUAGUGUUCGUGUUCUUCUUCUCCCUCAUUUUGUUCAUACAGUUCACUGCCAUGUUGUUCCAUCGAUUCGGAACAAUCGCCCAUAUUCUAGCAUCUACAGAACUCAAUCUCUGUUUCCACAAAAAGAAAGAAGAAAUGUCACCAAAUGCUUUAUUGGAUAAACAAGCUGUGGAAAUAGUCAAACAGCUGCAGAAACUUCAGGGUAUAGAUGAAGGAGACUAUGAUAAUGACUCCGGAUCUGGACCUGAUAGAAUUGGACGAAGAAAGACUAUCCACAACCUAGAACGGGCAGCUCAAAAGAAACGACAAAUCGGUACUUUGGAUGUAGCAUUUAGAAAAAGAUUUGCCAAACUGAAUGCUAAUGGAGCAGAAAAGGGUACACCCAUCCUGAGUCGUCGACUAACAAUGCGAAGAGAAACAAUGAAAGCCCUGGAAGUGAGGGUCAACUCAGUAAUGGCAGAGAGAAGAAAGUCUCACAUGCAGACUCUUGGUGCCAAAAAUGAAUUCGGAAACAAUAAUGUGAUUCAAAGAAACCACAGAAACAGUGUUGCUAGCAGCAUACCUGCAAAAGAUCUUUUCGAUAACGGUCAUGUUAAUCAAGCCUAUGAAGAAGAAACAUAUGGAAGCAGAAAUUCAUUGCCAAUGCAUCCUAGGAAUAAUGUAACUUGGAAAAGUACUGGUAGCAACAGCAGAAUGUGAAGUUGAAUUCGAACAUUUUUACUGCCAAUAACUGAAGCUGUAGAAUUUCCGUAUUCAAGUGUUUUGAAUUUCCUUAUAAAAUACUCAAUUUUUUAGUUUUCUAUUAAUUCAUUUAGCAAAUCGGUAAACAAACUGCCUCUUUUGAAUACUCAUUUUUUCCGAAAUGAGAAUGUUAUGUUACAGCCUUAAAAUAGUAAAAAUUGUACAUAAUUAAAGCUCAUGUAUUGAUUUAAGACUUGAUAAAGAUAGACUCAAUUUUUUUAUAAAGACAAUUUUAUAGCUUAUUAAGAAGUAAUUAUUUAUUUAUUUAAGGCAUAAUUGUGAUACUGAAAUAUACAUAAUUCAUGAAUCUUAAA